UCCGGCGCCGUGCCCCGGAAGCGGAAGUGUGGCUCCGGGCUGUCAGAGAGCGUUGCUCGGUGGUCCUGAAAUCUAGGGAAGCCGUUUUCGCUUCAUUUUUGCUGGCUCUCGAGCGCUUCCCCCCUGGCGGGUGGGAGUGCAGAGAGGAAAGCGCAAGAUGAGCACCAUGUUCGCGGACACGCUGCUCAUCGUUUUUAUCUCCGUGUGCACGGCUCUUCUCGCCGAGGGCAUCACCUGGGUCCUGGUGUACAGGACAGACAAGUACAAGAGACUGAAAGCGGAGGUGGAAAAACAGAGUAAAAAAUUGGAAAAGAAGAAGGAAACAAUAACAGAGUCAGCUGGUCGACAACAAAAGAAGAAAAUAGAGAGGCAAGAAGAGAAGCUGAAAAAUAACAACAGAGACCUAUCGAUGGUCCGAAUGAAAUCCAUGUUUGCAAUUGGCUUUUGUUUUACUGCCCUAAUGGGAAUGUUCAAUUCCAUAUUUGAUGGUAGAGUGGUGGCAAAGCUCCCUUUCACCCCCCUUUCCUACAUCCAAGGACUGUCUCAUCGAAACCUGCUUGGGGAUGACACCACGGACUGUUCCUUCAUCUUUCUGUAUAUUCUCUGUACCAUGUCAAUUCGACAGAACAUCCAGAAGAUUCUUGGCCUUGCCCCUUCACGAGCUGCCACCAAGCAGGCAGGUGGAUUUCUGGGUCCUCCGCCUCCUUCUGGGAAGUUCUCUUGAAAUCAAGAAGAGCCCUAUAAUUCCUGUCUCAUUCUUUUUAAACAUUCAAAUUAGACUGCAACUAUUUUGUAGCAAGAGCCAUCGACAGACUUAGCACUUGGGCCACUUUCUGAUUCUGAGUUAUUUCUAGACUUUUUGGAUAUGAUUCUAAAGAGAAUGGCACCCACCAAACAUGAUAGUACUUUCAGUCACAGAUAAAUUAAAAAAAAAAAAGUUUGUUGAUUAGAUAAGUUCAGGUGAUGUCUACGUAAUAAGAAACAAAUAGCAUCUUUCUUUUUGGCUUACACCAAUGCUUUCCGUGGAACCGACUCUCAAGUCUGUGCUGUGUGCCGUAUACCGUGGAAGUUGGCUCCCCGGAGCAUUUAGCGAUCUGGAAGGAGAAGUUAGUUUGUAUUACUCUUCAUUGGAACUAUUUGUUGUGCAUUUUUUCCCAAGCCAAAUAUAUGACCUAAGAUCAAUAAAGAGGCCAAAAUGUUAGCUAUUUCAUCUACAAGGAGAGAUCUGUUUUGUACCAUAUUCCUGGAGUCAUGGUUUUAGUAAUCUGAACGUAAACAUUAGCCAGGAAGGGCUAAACUAAAACUUUUCAAAUGUACUACUUUAUCAGAGCCUGGAGCCUGCUUCAGAUCCUGUGUGCCUAAAAAGCUCAAAACACACAACUGUCCUAUCGCGGGAAGUGGAAAGCGGAAAGCUUGAGGAGAAGGAAAGAAGUAGCUCAUGAGAGUAUAAAAACGAGGGUCCUCGGCAGUUCCCUUGAUGCCCUUGUACGGCCUUCUGGAUCCUUGGGAAGGCUCUCCUCGUCCUCCCCUGGAGGCAGGGUUAGGGUUACAUGUAGGCGAUCUUACAGAGCUUCCUUUUGGUCACGACAGCCUUUAUUUAGUUCCUGCCAUGCUCCUUCGUAAAGGAGGAGAGGGCGCUUGGACCAUGGUCAUCCCCUGCGUAGUCCGUGGAAUCGGAAAUCUUGUGUGGAGGGAGAAGUCUGGUCACUUAUCGGUACUCUCCGUAGAUGCACAUGCUCAACCAGUGAGAAAAGACGGGUUAUUUGCAAAGUAACGACUGUUAAACCUAUAGCAAACUUCACAAUGGCAUAAAACCCAGAAGACAGUGGGGCAGUAUCUUCAAAGCUGAGGAAAAUACUUAUCAGCCCAGAAUUUUAUGUGCAACUAAACUAACAGUUGGAAGCAAAACUGGGAGGCAGUAUUGUCAGAGCUACAAAAUCCAAGAUAAUUGAAUUAUUAAAGGAUAUAUUUUGGGGGCAUCCGGCUGGCUCAGUCAGCGGAGCAUAUGACCCUUGGUCUUGCGGGCGUGAGUUCGAGCCCCACGUUGUGCGUAGAACUUGCUUAUUUAACAAUAUAUAGAUAUGGAUACAUUUCCAGGACAAAAAAGAACACCAAGAGGAAGGUGUGGGAUGUAAGAUACAACGGUCAACACAGAAAUUGAUCAAAGAUGUGGAUAAACUUCAGUGUUUUAUGGAUUAUCUAAUUAAGAAUUAUUUCAAGACGAUCCCAUAAGGUAAUCACUGUUCCUACCCUCAUUUUUUAAAAACAUUUCUUUGAGAGAGGGGGAAGGGCAGAGAGAGAGGGAAAAGAGAAUCCCAAGCAGGCUCCAUGCUGUCAGUACAGAGCCCAACGUGGGACCGGAUCCCACAAACCGUGAGAUCACGACCUGAGCCCAAAUCAGGAAUGGGAUGCUCAACUGACCGAGCCACCCAGGUGCCCCCUUAUCCUCAUUUAACAGAUGGAGAAAUCGAGGCAGGAGAAGUUAAGUCACUUGCUCAACAUUACUUAGCUAGUGAGUGGCAGAGUUGGGAUUUGAACCGAGGCCGUCUGAAGCUAAGCCGGGCUCUCCGGUGCCUCCCCACAGGUUAUGCUGAUUCUCUCCCCUCAGCUCUUCUCUCUUCCGCUAGAGAUUAUGGGCGCCGAAGUUGGGGAUUUUUUUGUCGUUCUUACUCUUGUUUCCUUGACGCGGGAAACAGAAAAAGCUCAAGCAGAUGAAAUGGAACAGAGAUCUUUAUUUCUAGGUUACUCUUCUCAGAAGGACUGACUGAUAAGGAUAAUGGCGAUGAUUUCUUAAUGGCCAGAAUGCCAUGGACUAUUCUGGGAAAAUGAUAAUUAAAAGAACGAUCAUGAAGACAAUGAUGAUGAUAACGAUGACAAAAAUGACUGGCUCUCUAGAAUAAAGCAUAAGAGGAGAAGGAGCCACACAGAAAAUUCUGUCAAUGCCUUUGUAAAGUGAGGGCUUUCUAAUCAAAAAGUGUAUUUCAGGGGCGCCUGGGUGGCUCAGUCGGUUAAGCAACUGACUUCGGCUCAGGCCAUGAUCUCACGGUUCGUGGGUUCGAGCCCCGUGUCGGGUUCUGUGCUGACAGCUCGGAGCCCGGAGCCUGCUUCGGAUUCUGUGUCUCCCUCUCUCUGCCCCUCCCCCACUUGUGCUCUGUCUCUC